AUUAACGAAAAAUGAAAGAAUAAAAACCCGCGAAAGAGACUAACUGAAAACGAGAAUCAGUUCAUUAGUAAAUUACCUAUUUAACCCCACCACGGCAUCCAUGAUCCACCCAUUCUUUUAAAAAUCGAAGUCCCUGCGAUUCCCUCCAAGAAAAUGGACCCAGAAACUUCUUCUUCCUCUGCUUCGCCAUCCCCUGCACCCUCGCCAUCCACCGAUCCCCUACCGUUCGAUGUGUCUACUUCGACGGCCCAAGAAUGCCUUAUUGCCCUCGGGAUUCUCUGCAGUGAGGAUCACAGCACCGAAGCCGUGGAGGCCAUCCUUUCCCACCACCCGGAGAUUAUGCUCAGCAUCCAAAGCCUCAUCCACUACAAAACGGCGUUGCUCUGCGACUCUACCACCCGCAGACUCGAAUGCCUCAACGACGCCGUCGAGUCCUCAUGCCAAGCUAUAGCGCUGUCCCCGAACACCAUCUCCUUCGCACUCUUCCACGCCAUCUUGCUCUUCCAACUCGCCCGAAACGACCCCGGUUUGUACGAAGCCGUGGUCCAAGAAUGCGAUCACGCGUUGCUGAUCGAGAACCCGACGGAGCCAGGGUACGAAGUCCCGGUCCAGGCUUUGCGGCUCAAGAAGAUGAGGGAGGUUAUCGUGGACCUGACAGAGAAAUCCAAGUGCCAGAUCAUCGUUCUUGGAGGCGGGAACAGGAGGGACAAGUGGAAACGGCUUGUAGAGGAUAAUUCCCUGGCGGAGGUAAAGGCUGAGUUCGAGGCUGCCCUACGGAGAAAGAGGAGGAUCCCAGGGCGGAGGGCGCCUCCGGAUUUCGAGUCACCCUCGCCGGACGAUCGGUUGACAAAGAAAAAGAUGAUCAAGAAACACAAGAAAGUUGAGUCCAACGACGUCGCUACCAUCAGUCGAGUCAGGGCGUUCUGGAACGACAAGAUGAGUGUGAAAGAAAAGAGGAAGUUGUUGAGAAUCGGAAUCGAAGAUCUCAAAGUGUAUUUGGAUAAGAACAAGUUUGGAAUGGCAAAGGAAGUUUUGACGGAAGCGAUUGAUUAUGCUAAGGCAGAGAAUAUAUGGAGUUUUUGGGCGUGCUCUUACUGCAGAGAGAGGGUUAUUGAUUCAGAUAUGGACAAGCAUCUUAUGGGUCAUUUAGGUACUGUAUCCAUAUCAGAGACUUCUCUAUCGCUUUUGCCGGAUGGAGCUCCCAAAUUGGUGGUUGAUAUGGUCGAAAAAGGCGUUUGGAAGCCCGUGGAAUCGAUUUCCGCCACCACUGCUACUGCAGAUUGGCCCCAUGUUGAAGACAGUGAGCGGGCAGAAAUCAUAAAGAGAAUUCAUGCGAAACUGCAAUUGUUUACGGGUAGAAAAUGUCUUACUUGGAGGCAUCUCAAUGCACUGCAGAACUUGAUAAUCGAAUUGCUGCAAAAAAACCAUAAUAUUCCUAAAUUGGUGAUUAUGGAUCUUUGGCUUCACCACACGCUCCAAUUGAUAUGCUCUUUGGAAGCUCCGGAGCUCAAUCUUGUUCUUCAGUUGUUGGAAGAUCUGGCAAAUGCUUGCGCUUUGCAUUGUCUUGGUGAUAUCAUUUCAGAGGAAGACGUUAGAGGCAAUAACUGGUUUUGGGGCAACGCUCGAGAGAGCCUUUUUUUCAGCAGCGACUUAUCAGCUCUCCUUUUCGAUGACCGGUUGUUGCGAGGACAGACUGUUGAGCCGGCCAAUGGAACUGCAGUGUUAACUUCAAUUCCUGAACAUUGUGUUGCUGAUUAUGAUUGUGAUAGUGAUGCUUUUGUUUCUUGGCUAUGGACGGAAGGUCCUACAAUUGGGGAGCAAAUAAGGGCGUGGGUAAGUCUGAGAGAAGCUAGCCCAACUCAGGGAAUGGAGUUGUACAAGAUUGUUGAAGAUGAAUCUCGCCGUUUGAACCGAAUGUGUGAAAGAAAAGGCGAGUAUUUGAGAUAUGAGAAACCGUUGGAGAAUGUUGAGAAAACAAUUUCAAGCUUAUGUGUUGAUGAAAAUAGCAAAAGGGAACAAAUUUCACAAGGUUAUGUAUCCCUCUUGUUCAAACGGUGGAAAGAGCUGGAGAAUGAGAGUGAGGAUGAUGAGGGUGCUGCUGAGUUGGAUAUCAUAUGGAGUAUUAUGAAGGAAUCAGAAGCAGAUUUUGAAAUUCAAAUGGCAAUCCAGAGGCAGAAAAAUCGUCUGGCUCAAGAGCUUUACCAACUUGAUGCUAUAAUCGCGGCGACUCUUUCUGCAUUGGAGCAGACGGGGCUGCAAGCUGGGAUGGUAACUAUGUUUGACUACCGAUUUGCCUUGGUGCCCCAGUUGAAGUCAUUCAUGAAGGCGCGGCUGGAGGAUCUGGCCUACAAAGAUGCUGCAGAAAAAUCUAAUGCGGCAGCAAAAGCUUUGUUAGCAGAGCUUCCUGAUGACAAGAACACUAACAAAGGAAAAUCAAAGAAUAAAAAGAAGAAAAAGGAUCACAUAAAGGCCAAGGAUUCUGAGGCAGCUGGUGGUAGUGAGGAGCAGCAUCCAACCAGUGUGCCUGUUGUCUCCCCUGAACCCUAUGAAGAUAUUGGUUCAAGUGAGCAGCAGCAUCCCACCAAUGUGCCUGUUGUCUCCCCUGAUGGGAAUGAAGAUUUUGGUUCAAGUGGGCAGCAGCAUCCCACCAGUGUGCCUAUUGUCUUCCCUGAACCCAAUGAAGAUGUUGGUUCAAGUCAAUCCGGACCAGCCCCAUUGCCUGUCAGCAGCAUACAAUUUGGUAAUCUUAACUGGACUAAUGUUUGUCAAUCUAAGAGCUUCAAAAAGUGAACUUGAAUAACAAGACUAGCAUAUAUACAUGUAUACGAUUUUACUUCUCAUUUGUAUAAUAAAAAGUA